CAUCAUCAGCAAAAAUUAUAAUUUGUGAAUGAAAUACGAAUUAAUUUUAGAAUUUGUGAAUUGAAACUACAAUUUUGUGAUUAAUUUUACUAUUUGUGGAGUAUUUCGUGCAAAUAAGUACCUGUUACCUUGUCUCUCUACGAGCAACUGAACAACACUGCGACUAAGGGGAACCAAUGGGGAGGCUUUCAAACGUACUCUAUGUUGGUCAAAACGGAUUUAAGCAGUUCCGUGACGACACUAGAUUGCCAUCAUUCGAUUUUGCCGAAAUCAAUAUUGAGCCACAAUGUGAGAAUUUCGAAGGAAAGUCCAUCAAAGUGGACGCAACAUUGGCAUAUAGUGUUGUAGCGGUAGGAUGUAGGGUGAUUUUCAAAGGAUUCCUCGAGGGCAAAGAAAUGACGAAAUCUCAUAAAUUUUUGCACGAUAUACGCGACAUUUCUUGCAAUUCCAAGCAUUGCUUGAUUUUAUUGGCAAAUGGUGAGCUUUUUCGGUACUCCGUGGAAAGGAACCACAUGUUGCUGCUAAAUUUUAUUGCGACUGAGGGAGAUUUGAAAACUGGUGAGCAUCUAAUCACCCACAUUGCCUGUGGAGAGACGAAAAAUAUCGCUGUAACUAAUCAGAAUGUAAUCUACGAUAUUCCAUCUAAGAUUUAUAAAUUCGAUAAGCACAUUAAAGUUCAAAAAAUAUCCUGUGGCCAUGAACAUGCAGUUCUUCUUACGAAGAAUGGAGAUGUCUUUUCUUGGGGCAAUGGACUAAGGGGUCAAUUGGGUCAUGGAGAUCUGGAGAACCGUACGGAGCCUGAAUUAAUUGAAGCCUUGGCUGGGAUAAAGAUCAUUGAUAUUUCGGCUGGAGGUUGGCAUAAUGCAGCUGUAUCAGCUUUUGGAGAUCUGUACACGUGGGGGUGGAAUGUUAAUGGACAAUUGGGGAUUGCUGUAUCGAAUCCUUCUCUCCCAUCUGCAGAAUUUACCCCAGUUGUCUUUUCCCUUCCUGAAAUUAUCGAGCUUCCAUGCAACAAUGAAGAACUUGACUUGGAUUCUCAGUUUAAAAUUAUUUCCGUUGCAUGUGGCAAUCAGCAUACAUUCAUCAAGACUGAAUGUGGAAAAAUUCUUUCAUCAGGCCUCAAUGCAUUCGGUCAAUUGAGCGUCCCAAAGAAUAAUAAACGUAAGUUUCAAGAUAAAUUUUUAAUUGUAAAAGAAGAUGCCAGUAAGUGGUCCAUUAUAUGUGGCACCUACUGUACAAUUUUACUCUCUCCAUGAAAUGCAACACAUUUUCUAUAUAAUAAAGAAUAA